AUGGACCUGAGGAAUGGAGGGAGGGGGGUUGAUGUGACGUUUGGGGGAGGAGGGAUUAGGUUGGGGACAGGAGGAGAGAAUGGAUUCGCAGCAUCGUUCAAGCUUUUGGUGACGGUCGAAUUCAGAGAUCCCCGGUGCUUUUGGGCUGCGUUCCCGGCUCAGCGCCUUCCCUUUGGCAUGACCUACUUCAAGAAACCAGCUGGCCGGGCCUCUGACGGUAGAGCAGCCAUUGAUUUCUUCGCGCAAGGUCUUGGGCUGCCGUUUCUUAGCCCGUACCUGCAAUCAAUUGGCUCAAACUACAGUCACGGAGCCAAUUUUGCUACGCCGCUCCUCUUUCUCAACAGCUUCUCUAAGCCAAUGAUAUCUCACAUCAAUGUGUUUCAUACUGGAAUAGAAUGUAAAAUUCUUGCUCAAAUUAAGAGCACUUUGACUAUUAAUGAAGAUUUGAUAAUUGUCCUGCUUAUCUGUCUGCAAGUGUAUAUCACAAAGUUCCACAAUCUUCGAGUAGCUGGUAUUGCCCAUCUUCACAUUGCCAAAGUCACAUGCUUUAUACAUCGUGAAAAUGUCUCGAUUGGAGGUUAUCUUCCUCCUCGAAACGUCUUCAGCCAAUCACUAUAUACCAUAGACAUCGGCCAAAAUGACUUUACAAGCAAUGCUGGAACGCUUGGGAUUGAAGGAAUUAAGCAAUAUGUUCCUCAGGUUGCCUCUCAGAUUGCUUCAACAAUAAAGGAACUAUAUGAUAUUGGUGGACGGACAUUCUUGGUGGCGAACCUUGCACCCAUCGGUUGCUUCCCAGCAUUUCUGACAGAACUCCCUCACGAUGCAUCAGACUUGGAUAUAUACGGCUGCAUGAUUUCAUAUAAUGAUGCAGUUGUCUACUACAACAAUUUAUUGAAGGAAAGACUUGGGCAGAUUCGAGAUCAGCUACUGGAUGCCUCUGUUAUAUAUGUGGACACUCAUUCUAUCAAGCUUGAGCUUUUUCAGCAUCCUAAAGACCAUGGGUUCGUAUUUGGAAACAAAGCUUGUUGCGGCGCUGGUGGUGGUGCUUAUAACUUCAACCCACAAGUUUUUUGUGGCAAUACAAAGAUUAUAAAUGGUAUCAAUGUAACCGCAACCGCUUGCACUGAUCCGGGAGAGUAUGUGAGCUGGGAUGGAAUUCAUGCUACAGAAGCUGCCAACAAAAUUAUAGCACAGGCGGUUCUGAAUGGAUCCUUAUUUGAUCCUCCCUUCCCUCUUUCCGAAGUUUGUCAUCUGCAUUCGGUACAUUAACUGAGACAAUACUGCAUAUGUUUCACUUUUUUCAAUAAUUAACACUCAGCUUUCUCGACCUCAUAUUUGAUUUUACGAAAAAAGUAUAUACUUUUGGGCAUUAUGAUCAUAAUUGAUGCACUGGAUUGUUGAAUGCAACAACAACAACAACAACAACAAAAAGAGGAGAGCAAGCACAGCCAUGAGGAGAACAUCAAGCUAUGAUUCACCUGAGUUCUUAAAUGAUCAUUUUCAGUAUAUGCAAUGUUGAUAAUAGUGUAUUGUAGUGGGUUUUAGUCCCACAUUGGUUGUGAGAACACAUCUCACCCUCCUCUACUUGUAUAAAUAUAUGUAUACACUCAA